CUGUCGCUGAUUGGGUGAGAGCGGCCAACCCCCUGCCUCCGUCUCUCGGCGGCCCCACGGGGGCCUGUUGCUUGGCAACCGAUUUGCUUCCUCCGGUGCGUGGCUGCGGGGUUGCACCUGUGAAGCGGAGACAACCUGCUAGGACCCUGAUAGGCGUACACCGCUCACUCCCACUCACGCGCCGACGACAUGGGCUUGUCUCCGUUGCUCAUCCAAGUUUGUCUUGAGACUGGGCUGUGAGCAGUGAAACUGGGCAGUGAAACGCCGCAGAUGAGGAAGUGCCCAAGUCUUCCUUCGGGAAGUUCUCGUUUAGAGGAGUCAGGAGAAAAAGUCAUUGUUAUAUCCCAAAUUUAGAAGCCGCUUAUCUUGGUACCGUUCUGAGGUUCUAGAAAGCAAGUAACUUAUGUCAGUUUACUAAGUGUGGGAAAGUGACCCAUAACUUCAAACAUCUGCCUCAGAGUAAACCUGAGGCAUUUGGGGACAAGUGUCAGACCCUCCGCUGCCUAUCAUGCACGGCAGAGCUUACCUCUUGCUGCACAGAGACUUCUGUGAUCUCAAGGAGAACAAUUAUAAGGGUAUCACUGCUAAGCCUGUAAGUGAAGAUAUGAUGGAAUGGGAAGUUGAAAUUGAAGGUCUACAGAAUUCAGUUUGGCAGGGUUUAGUCUUCCAACUGACAAUACAUUUUACAUCAGAAUACAACUAUGCUCCUCCAGUUGUGAAAUUUAUAACAAUUCCGUUUCAUCCAAAUGUAGACCCACACACUGGUCAGCCCUGUAUAGACUUUUUGGACAACCCUGAGAAGUGGAAUACAAACUAUACAUUGAGCAGCAUCUUACUUGCCCUACAGGUUAUGCUUUCUAAUCCAGUGCUAGAGAAUCCAGUGAAUUUGGAAGCAGCCAGAAUACUGGUUAAAGAUGAAUCUCUGUACAGAACAAUUCUAAGAUUUUUCAACAGGCCAUUACAAAGUAAGAAGUAUCUACUUUUGUCAGUGAAAGAUGACAGCCAGGAGUUACCUAAAGACCCACAUAAAUGUAUCAGACCAAUUAAAACAACCUCAUUUAGUGAUUACUACCAGACAUGGUCCAGAAUAGCUACAUCAAAAGCCACAGAAUACUACAGAACUCCAUUGCUCAAAGAUCCAAAUUUCAUUGGACAGUAUUACAAAUGGAAGAAAAUGGAUCUACAGUGUCAUAAAGAAUGGAAUUUAAAGUAUUCUGUUAUCAAGUGUUGGCUUGCUAGAAAAAAUAGAAUGCCUCAUGAAGUCAAUCACUCAAUGGAAGAAAUUAAGCUCUGCCCAACUCUAAAUGAAAUUUUUCUUGAGUCACCAACUGCAAUAAAUAGCAUCACAGACAUUUAUGAAACAGAAGAGGAGGGGUGGAAGAGUGACACUUCAUUAUAUGAAAAUGACACAGAUGAGCCCAGGGAAGAGGAAGUGGAAGAUCUGAUCUCCUGGACCAAUACUCUCAAUACAAAUACUUUAGAAGAUUAAGCAGAACAUUAUCAGAUUCAAAAAAUAAACAGCCUCCGCCAUAGCCCAGCGUUGUGGAGCAAUUUUGGAAGACUCUCAGAACUUGGAUUUCAUUUUUUUCAAGUUGUUCUCACCCACUCACUGCAAGUACAAAUUAGAAAUAUGAGUACAAAUCAGUAAA